AUGCCUCUGAAAGAAGAAGAGAAAGCCUCUCAGGCAUAUGCUGCCCUUGGAGUGGGGUUUGUCUGUCUGAUUGUGGGUGUGCCCCUCUGGUGGAAGACAACUGAGGUGUAUCGUGUGCAAUUGCCUUACAAUGAUAUUGAUGAGCUCGGACAUUACAAGAUUCGCUACUCUGUUCGGCUAGAUGUCAUCAGUUUUGAUGAGAAGGUUACCCCGACAACGCUAAAUUCUCUCACAAAACAUCUCCAGGGCAUGGAUGUUGAGAAUGAGAAUAUUGUGGAAAAGUAUGAGAUAACAGUGAGGAAGGCUAUUGGAGAUGAACUCACGGCUUUCCAAAAAGUCAACACUUUACAAGAUUUGGACGAAAACAUUGCAAACUUGUUCAGAGCUGACAUGAACCACAUUCAUGUGUUGUUGUUGCCCAAGUCCACAAAGUUUUCCGUUCCAAACGUGUAUGUCGGCACCUACCGAAAUAUCAUUCUCCCAGUUUCAGAUGAAAAAUCUUUGUCCGAUGUAAUCAAAAUGACAGUGAAGGAUGUGGUUGUCAGGGGCAACCAGUUGGAGAAGAAGCUGGUGUCGCUACGUGGAUUAAGAUCUCUGAAGCCUGACAAAGAGAGCAUGCGUGUGGCAAAGUCCAACCCUGCCUACGAUGUGACCUUCACCUUGGUCAAUCCCCAACCUGAUCUACUGGACAUUCGUUGGGACAUCGUCUUUGGCAUAGAAGCUUACCUGAAACCAUUCAUCCAAGAAUUAGAGAAGUAUGCCCGACUUCACAUCAACUCUCAGGUGCUGUACUACACUGGCUUAGUUCGUCAACCACGCAGAGACAAGGGAAAUAACUGUUACUACUACACCGCUGCUGAUCUCCCACAUAUCAUCAACCCACUAGAGACCAAGCUUGGCUCACAUGUAUCCACUAACCCAAGCCUGGAAUUCAUCGUCUAUAUUCCUUAUAGAGACCAAAGCCCUCUGUAUAUCUACAAAGAGAAAGGAGGGAGAUCAGAGAGUAACUCUUUCCUGAGCCCACAGUGGGGAGGAAUUCAUAUCUAUAAUGUCCCAUCUCCUGCUCCUGGUACAAAUUUACCUGCCCCUGUUGACAUCAACAUCAAACGUGUGAUGGAGGUCUUCCUGUCACAGCUGAGGCUCCUCCUGGGCGUCCAGUCACAGACCUCAGGUUCAGGAGUAGCAUCACCGGGACACAGAGGCAUUACACAGUGGGAGCUAGAUAGCUGGCUCAGAGGACGAUGCUUGGAGAAUCUGGCCACCUCCACUGUCACGCUUACCUCCCUUGCUCAGCUCCUUGGUCAGAUCAGUAACAUUGUCAUCAGGGAUGAAAUAGGCAAAGAGGUUCAAAUCUCAGUGGAGUCCAUCAGAAGGACUCACCAGUUUCUAUCCUUGGGUGAUCUCGAGAAAGCGUUCUUCUCAUCAAGACAAGCUAUAGUCUCCUCAGAAAAAGCCUUUUUUGAUCCAUCACUUCUGGAGCUGCUGUACUUCCCUGAGGAUCAAAAGUUUGCUAUUUACAUUCCAUUGUUCCUGCCCAUCAGUAUCCCUGUGGCCAUGUCUAUACUUCAGGCGGUAAAGUGGUACAAAAACAAGUCAGCCACCUCGGAUCAACACAUCAAGAAGGAUUGACCAUGAAUCUUCCUGAUGUUGGGAGGGUGGGAAGCAAAGUGGGUUUGGUGGGUUGAAAAUUGCAAGGAUGGAAGUAGAAGACAUGAUGGACUACUCAAAGGGGACCAAACUGAUGUCAACUGACGUUUUUUGUUGUAAAGCUGCAAUUCUUGCUUACUACAUGCUCCUGGUAAAUGCCUCGUGAGCACACCUAGACCGAAAAGUAUAACAUACUAAAGGAAAGAAGAGUUCAUAAUGUUGGCAGCUUUUCCAGGGUUGGGAUCGACUUUUACACAAGUUCACAUUGUGAACAGGUGUUCAGGGAAAUUUGAUGCAAGAAAGCAUAAUGCUGAAUUGGAAGGAAUUUUUUGCGGUUAGGUCUGAGCCUGAGCUGAUGCAAGCUUGUAUCAAUGCCUGAAAGGCCCUUCGCUAGAGAUGAAAAGAAGCAGGGGGCAAAGGGGGCUUCUUUCAAAACCUCAAUGAAGGGCAGAGAGGCAGUUGUGUGCUGUGUGUUAACAGUGUGCGGCACUGAAAAAAUGGGGGCAGGAUCAU